AUGGCCAACUUGGAUGCAUCCAUCGAGUACUUCAAGCAGGGCAUUCCCGUCCUGGGACAGACGGACACUGCCCCGGAAGAAAUCCGACACGACCUCCUGGUCAUUCAUACAUUGGCACAGUGCGCGACUAUCGCCUUGCAUAAAGGUUCUGCCCGCCGGAGCAAGACUUCCCGCUCGCGGUGCCUGAUGGCUGCACACGCUAUUGUAAACAUCUUUCAGGCUGUCCGGUCUGAGGACCUUGCGUUCGUCAACCCGAUACUU